CUCAUAUAACAUAAUACGGUUAGUAAAAUUUGUAAGAAAAAAGCCGAUUGCUUAGUCAAUAAAGGUAUCUUUUAACAGCUCGAGCCGACAUUUUAUUUUUGUGCCUCCUUGAAUGAAACUUGGAUUAACUAAAUACUGGUAAGACUACACACUUAUCAAAUUAGCCACCUCAGGUUAUAUGUAGUCUUAUGUCUCGCACAUAAUAAAACAAUUGACAUUUUAUCUCCUUAUGUCAAGUGCAGUAUGGAUCGGAAUAAUUUCAUCUUGUCCAUGUUCGCUGUCCUUCUUAUGACGCACGUGGUUUUAUGUAAACCCACAAGAAAAUCACAUCCAGUGAAAGUAGAUCACGCAUUACUGCUGCGUCAGGCUUUAUCGUUGGAAAUAAAGAAAGUAAUGAACAAAAAAGAAAAAGUUAUUUUUGAGUAUACUCCUGAAUCAACUAAAUCGGAUAGCAAAACUGGCGAUAUGUACUGCAAUGAUCCACAAGCACCAUGUAAAUGUAGAAAGGUCUAUGCAAUAUAUGGAACAGCUGAUUUUGUAGAAUAUACAUGCGACGCGAGUAAAAACAAGGCCAAUGAAAAUGUACCACGUGGGUUUCAAUGUAUCCAGCUAACUGGGAGAAAGCUUGUUCCAUUUUUGAAGAAAAGCGAAAAUGGAGUACAACGAUUUGGGUUGAAAAGGUUAAUCGUAGACACUGGUUGCGAGCUGAGAUGCGUAGGGAAAGCUUGCAAGUAGGCGAUAAAAGUUAACGUCAAAGAUCUAAAAGAUACAAUGCAAUCGAUAGCAGUUUAAUUUAUUUAUUUAUUUAUUGAGAGCAAAUGUUGAGAAUGGUUUAAAGAAAUGAAACAAAGGGAUGUUGGCCUAACAUAUAUAAAUUUUCGUGCUGGAUGCGAAAUUUCAAGUAUUUAUUUCUGAUUUGUAAAUUUCAACAAAAAUGUUUUGUAGUAUUAACAGUUUUAUUUAUAUAAAAAUAUUUUGUACAGCUAGCUAUUCUAAUAAAUGAAAGAUACAACU